UUUGAGUAAACUGGUUUAGACCCGUGUUCUACUUAUCUAUGAUAGAUCCAUUUAUCCAUUUAAGCCAAGGCCUCAAAUCUUGCAGCAUAUCCUCUUCUUUUCUCUCCUCAAGGACCUUCCUUGAACUCUAAAUUCCUGGGAUUGCAUUCAUGGCUUGGUGCCGCAUUCAUUGCAACCUUAAUCCCCUGUUCCCGUCCGAUGCGGCGCCUUUUCCGUCCACAUGUCACUCUCACUCUCACUCUCACUCUCACCUCUCACUCACUCCUCGAACUUUUCCUCCUAUUAAUUCUCUCUUCACAUCAAGAAAGAUCACUUUUUCCAGUGCUCAGCGCCGCACUUUUGGGGCUGUGAGCUCACACAUGACCAUGGAGGAGAAGCCCAUCUCUGCUGAUCGAAUGCUCGUGUAUGUGCCUCCACAUCCGUUGAUCAAGCACUGGGUUUCAGUUUUGAGGAAUGAACAAACUCCUUGUCCCAUCUUCAAAAAUGCAAUGGCUGAGCUGGGAAGGUUACUUAUGUAUGAAGCUUCAAGGGAUUGGUUGCCCACUAUAUCUGGAGAGAUUCAAUCACCAAUGGGUGUUGCCUCAGUGGAGUUCAUUGAUCCAAGGGAGCCUGUGGCUGUAAUUCCAAUCUUGAGAGCCGGUCUUGCGCUUGCCGAACAUGCAUCAUCGAUCUUGCCCGCAACAAAAACCUAUCAUCUAGGAUUAAGCCGAGAUGAGGAAACACUUCAGCCAACUAUAUAUUUGAACAAGUUACCUGACAAAUUUGCAGAAGGAUCUAAAGUAUUUGUUGUUGAUCCUAUGCUAGCAACAGGUGGUACUAUUGUGGCAGCCCUGAAUCUCUUAAAGGAUCGUGGGGUUGGCAACAAACAAAUUAGAGUGAUAUCUGCUGUAGCUGCCCCUCCGGCGCUUCAAAAGCUGAGCGAACAGUUCCCUGGGCUUCAUGUGUAUACUGGAAUAAUUGACCCUACCGUUAAUGACAAAGGGUUUAUAAUUCCUGGUCUUGGAGAUGCUGGGGACCGCAGCUACGGUACAUGAUGAUACAUGAAUAUUCAUUUGCUUAAUCUUUUUAUCAAGUGGCCCGCGUUAGGGAUUUUGGUUAUUGUUAAUUGAAAUGCAUGUGUUGAAACUCCUAAUGCGAGAAUUGGCAAGUAUCUAAAGUUUGUACUAGAAUCUAGUAUUCCAAUCAUUUGAUUAUUAGAUUUUUUUUUGGGUCUGUUGAUCAUUAGAAUUCUUAUUCUUUUAUUGAGGGAUCUUCAUCCUCAAAGAUUCAUAGAAUUUGAUUCAUGCAAGAAAUGAGGGAUUAUUUUUUACACA